GCCGGGCCAGCGGGCGGCUUGUGCCAUGCAGCGCGCGGCCGGGCGCGGAGUGCCGCCGGGGGGAGCGGCGGAGAGCGGCGCGGCCGGGCUGCCGGGGAAACCCGAUCGGCCGCGGGCUGCCGGCGGGGGGGGGCCGGGAGGGGCCGGCAGCAGCAGCGGCAGCAGCAGCAUGUCUUCGGCCGCCGCCGCCGGCCCGGAGCAGCCGGAGAUCAAGCAGGAGCAGGCGCUGGAGAUGCUGUCGGAGGCGCCCCGCGACGCCGCCGCCGCCACCGCCGCCUUCCCGCUGGAGCCGGAGCCGCGGGGCAGCGCCCCUCCGCCGCCGCCGCCGCCGCCGCUGCCGCUGGCCUUCUCGCCGGAGCACGUCGCGUGCGUGUGCGAGGCGCUGCAGCAGGGGGGGGACCUGGACCGCCUGGCCCGCUUCCUCUGGUCGCUGCCGCCCAGCGACCUGCUACGUGGCAGCGAGAGCCUGCUGAAGGCGCGCGCGCUCGUGGCUUUCCACCAGGGCAUCUACGCGGAGCUGUACAGCAUCCUGGAGAGCCACAGCUUCGACGCCGCCAACCACCCGCUGCUGCAGGAGCUGUGGUACAAGGCGCGCUACAGCGAGGCGGAGCGCGCCCGCGGGCGGCCGCUGGGCGCCGUGGACAAGUACCGCCUGCGCAGGAAGUUCCCGCUGCCCCGCACCAUCUGGGACGGCGAGGAGACGGUGUACUGCUUCAAGGAGAAGUCGCGCAACGCGCUCAAGGAGCUGUACCGCCACAACCGCUACCCCUCGCCGGCCGAGAAGCGCCACCUGGCCAAGAUCACGGGGCUCUCGCUCACGCAGGUCAGCAACUGGUUCAAGAACCGGCGCCAGCGCGACCGCAACCCGGCCGAGGCGCAGUGCAAGAGUGAGUCCGAUGGCAAUCCCAGCACCGAAGAUGAAUCCAGCAAGGGCCAGGAGGACCUGUCUCCACAUCCGCUGUCCAACUCGUCCGACGGCGUUACCAGCCUGAGCCUCCCCAGCCCCAUGGAGCCGGUGUACAUGCAGCAGCUCGGAAACGCGAAAAUCUCUCUCAGUUCUUCUGGCGUUCUCUUGAAUGGGAACCUUGUGCCUGCCACUACUUCUCCUGUCUUCCUGAACGGCAGCUCGUUUCUUCAGGGACCCAAUGGUGUCAUUCUCAACGGACUCAGCGUGGGGGCUUCCCAGACUGUGACUUUAAACGCACCCAAAACUACUUCGAGUGCGGUGAGCAACGGGGUGUCCAUCACCGACAUAUUAUCAUCCUCUUCUGAAGAUGUCAAGGACUUCAAAAUCCUCCAGGCUUCUGUGUCUAGCUCUGCAGAGGCACCCACAUCGUACAGUCCCAACAACGUGCCCGUCUCUUUCCCGGGGUUGAUACCCAGCACGGAGGUGAAAAGGGAAAGCGUACAAACUGUUGCCUCUCAAGAUGGAGGCUCCGUUGUUACUUUUACUGCUCCCGUCCAAAUAAACCAGUAUGGCAUUGUCCAGAUCCCGAAUUCAGGAACAAAUGGUCAGCUGCUAAACGGAAGCAUCGGUUUUUCUCCUCUGCAACUGCCUCCGGUUUCUGUUGCAGCUUCGCAAGGUAACAUUUCAGUAAACCCAAGUACAUCAGACGGGGGUACUUUUACAAGUGACUCUUCAACAGCGCAGCAGGGAAAAGUUUUCUUCAGCCCCCUCACUCCCAGUGCAGUGGUGUAUACGGUUCCCAAUUCAGGUCAGGCAAUAGGGACUGUUAAGCAAGAAGGAUUGGAAAGAAGCCUCGUGUUUUCCCAGUUGAUGCCAGUCGGUCAAAACGCGCAACUAAACGUAAACAUGUCUUCUGAAAACGUAUCUGGCGGAGGCCUCCCGUCCAUGGCUUCCUCGCUGGUCAACGUAACUCCCCCCCAUAACUUCCCCCUAGCUCCACCCACCCUUUUAAAUGCUGCAGAGCUGAACUCGGGUAUCUCAGAGAGCCAGUCCAUGUCAGCACCUGUAACAAGUACGUCUACUGUGAUAUCUAUCAGCAACACUAACUAUGCAACUCUUCAAAACUGUGCCCUCAUUACUGGUCAAGAUCUAAUGGCAUUGUCUACAGCACAGCCUGCACUUGGGGAAAUAGUUUCACCGCCCGAAGACCGCGUCAGCCAUCCGUCCGCAUCGGUUCACCCAGAUUUUGUGAGAGAGCACAGGUUAGUUCUGCAGUCGGUACCCGACGUCAAAGAGAAUUUCUUGUCAAAUUCUGAGAGCAAGUCGCCCAGCAACUUACUGAUGCUGGAUACGAAAUCCAAAUAUGUUAUGAGUAACAUGGUUGACCCCGUCUGCGAAGAACUGGAAACGGACAAAAAAGAGCUUGCCAAACUCCAGACAGUUCAGAUGGAUGAAGAUAUGCAAGACUUGUAACUUUCUUGCUUUUUGUUUCAGCAGAGAAGUCUCCUCGUGAGGCCGUAAAAAGCCACCAGGUGUUUUCUCACGUAGAGAAAAUACUAAUGCAGCUCAAAACAGAAGAGCAUUGGAAUAGUCUGCCGUAAAGUACAUGGGAAUCUACAGUAGUGGAAUUAGGUCGCCACGCUUUGUUUGCAUGCAAUAUUCUCUUUCCUCCAGAUUAAAGGAGAAAGGCUAAAGGAAACGUGGGGGAAAGAACCAACCAAGUGGGUAUUGGUUUGGCUUACUAAUAUAGCCCUGAGAGUUUAACCGAAAUCUCCACGCCAUGACGUAAUUUCAAAAGUAAAUAUACGCUCCUCGCGUUCUGUAGGAAGAUCUUUAUAAAAUGGUAGAAACAAUGCAGGAAAUUGAAACCUCUCUCUAAAAUAAGUAGAAACAAUGCAGCCUUUUUUUGUUUUGUUGUUGUUUACUUCUAGUCCAUGGGCAUUGAAAAGUUUUCAAGGAACUCUAGACGGUACCUCAUAAGCUUCUUUUAUGUGGCUCUUUGAGGUUAAGAAGCAAAAUGCAAUUGCAAAUAAUACUGUUACUGUCUUUUUCCAGCAAGACUUGUGUUUUAUAGGGAAAAUCUUGCAUCAAACUUUUUCAGGUUUCUAAAUGUUAUAACUAACCAUUUGCCAGUGUGGCAGAAAAGAAAGACCAUUUGAAACUCUAAUUAUGCAACUCAGAAGCUUUCACUCCAGUAUGAAUGUAAAUAUUGUUCCAGUUAUUAUAAAGGAGACUUUUUUAAUUAGUACAAUGGAUUUUAUUUAUGGUUUAUGUUCCCUUUCACUUUAGACACAAUGCAUUGAAAAGGAAAAAUUGUUUUCUGGCUGUUUUAAUUUAUUUUUAUUGUUUGAGCAGGAAGUAAACAUAGUUAUUUCUGACAGUUUUACUUUUUUUGUAGGGUUUUCAAGCGAUAGACUGUAAAAGUAAAAUGUUAAUCACACGGAAGCUAGAAAGUGAUCUCCCAAUAUCUGAGUCUGGGACAUUUUUUUCCCCACCUUUGUGUUCAGUUGUUUGUUUGGUUGGUUUUUGUUAGUAGUUUUCAAAUGAGUUAAGUCGUAUGUAUUUUUUACAGAAUUCUACGUGCCUUUCUUCUUAGUGGCCUUAUAUCCUUGUUACUAAAGCACAGUGGCAGGAAGAAUGGAGAAACUGGCCUGCAAGUAUCCGUCCUCAGGGCCAAAUCUGCCUGCCUUACCUUCGUGAGUAGCCCCAUUGAUUUCAAUGCACCUGCUUGCCUGAGUAAGACAAGUAGGUCCCUUGGUCAUUGCGAGUGAAAUUCUGCGGUGGUAUAGAGCUAGAGUUGGGCCUUCUGCCCAUGGUCACUCCGGGAAUUUCCUAUGCUGAACACCUCUGCGGAGGAGAAGGUCUCUGCUCUGGCCCCAGACAGGCCAGCACAGAAGGCUGUGAUGGCCUGAGCCAGGGAAGGGGGCUCUACAGUUACAAGGAUCCACUAAUCCCAAUAUCCUGUGCAACCAGCAUGGGUGGGCUUCAGCUGCUCUUCUAGCAGGCAAGCCCCGAUUCUGGGAUACGCUUUGCAAUGAAUUUGUGCAUCCCCCCUGGGACCAGGGGCUAGAACAGCAACAUCCCCCCCUCCCCCCCACCAAAUGACUAGAAGGGGCUGGAGCAGCAGUGUUCAGUGACUGGGUGGAGAUAGAUUUCACCUCUCAGGCCUCUUUAUGCCCUGCAGCCUGGACAACCAGGCUCUAGCCAGAUGGAGCAGAUUUCACCCUUAAGCUGUAGGACUUUUCUUCACCUGAAACAGCACAUCCUUCGGCUUUCAUAGCAAUGCAGAUGUACCAACUACCUUCUGCCGACCCUUUUUUUUUUUUAAUUUUAAUGAGAAUAUAAACAGUAGCUAGAGCCCUUAGUCAUAUUCCCCAUCAGGGGCCUGGCCCAGAGCCCAUUGAAACUGAAAACCUUUCCAUCCUAGACUUCAACGGGUUUCCCAUCAGGCCCACAGCAAAGCAUCUUUGUAAAGGACGAGAGCAGUUUAAAGAAAAGGAAGCAGAGAUCACCUCAGUCCUGCACACGUGCGUCUCGGUCCCGUCCUGUCCCGAGUGCUAGCAAAAGUGUUCAAAGGAAUCUGUUUUUCAGUGUGCUGUGAGUGUGACACUGACAUCCUCCUCGCUGUUGUUUUGCACUAUACUGCGCACAGGUCGUUCUUGUCGGUACCUGCACAGACUCUCUGAGCUGUGCUGCAGAUUGUUGUUCUAGUCCAGUGGUGCUCAACCUGUGGCCUGCAGGCCAGAUCCAGCCCACAGAGCCAUGUCCUCUGGUCCACAGGGCUUCCCAUGGAUCCAGAAAUUUUGCAGCAGGAGAGUGGUAGCAAUUAACACUGCCACCAUUCCCCUGCCACCAAAUUUCCAAGUCCUGCAGGCCAAAUGGCAGGGUCUUGUGCAUGGGACUAGGGCUGUAAGCAUGAUCUGGCACAGGUUAUGAUCCAGCAUGUGGGGCCAAGGCAGGGGAGGGCCUGAUCCAGUGCACAGGGCUGAGGCUAUGCAGUACACUGGUUUUGUGUGCUGGGUCGGGCCCGUAAACUGAGCCCACAACAGUUCUCUUGCCUGCAGGGCCAAGAGGUUGGGCACCACUUCUCUAAUCGAUACUUCAAGCCUGCGUGGAGAGUGGGAGGAAUAUGAGGUUUAGGUUUUAUAGUAAGAGGAGCUUACUGAUGCUCUCCAACCUAUAUGGGGGAAAAAAAGGAAGCAACUAAUCAUUUGGCUACCUCCCAGCUUGCAUAGAGGUUGCUAAAAGCAAGCGACUGAAAAUGUACACUAUUACUGAAUAUAAAACUUAGAGCCAUAGAUUGCCUUUGUGCACCUCCCAGUGACCACAGGUGUGAUCUGAGCACAAGGCUUGGAGUCGGGGACUCUGACUCUCUUCCCAGGUACUUCUCUGGCCCCUAUUUCUGUAGUGUCUAAGCAAGCAGUUUCCAAUUGGUGGUACGCAGACAACCUGUCAGUGGUACGCAUUAAUUGAUUUAUUAUAAUUGUGCUUUAUGACAAAAAUUUGCUGGUGGUACUUAAGGUUGUAUUCUUUUUUAAUUGGUGGUGUGCAAUCCUAUGACCCCAGUUGACUUCCUGCCCCUUGGGCAGGGGACUGGACUCGAUGAUCUUCCGAGGUCACUUCCAGCCCUAAUGUCUAUGAAAUCUGUCAAGAGUUUGGGAACCGCUGAUCUAAGCAUGUUUCAGAUGCCCCGAAUAGCCUUGGGCAAGCCCCUUGUCCAUCCUGCCUCAGUUUCGCCGUCCAAAAAUGAAGACAAUAAUAGUCAUUAUCUGUGAAUUAAUUUGCUAAUGUUUGCUCAGUUCUUUAAUGGUUAGAAGCACCAUAUGUUAUCAUUUAUUAUUACUAUUACUGCGCUACUGGAAAUUGUAUGCAUGGGUUGAGAGCCACGUAUGACUCGAAGUUGUAAUAAGGCUAAUGUUUUGUUUUGCAAACCUCCAACCUUCAGUAAAGGGAAGUUUAACAAAUACUGGAGACAUUUUCUCAGCUGUUGAAACAGUCAGAUGUUAUAAAGGAAUUACUGUGUUGAUCUACCAAUACACUUUGCUGGUUAACUUUUUUUCUUUUUGCAUUAUUUAUGUUACUGAGGCUCCGAGUUACAUGGCUCAUCAGCAUGGUUGACAUGAAAAUGGUAUCUGUUGUUACAGUAAUAGGCAUCUCAGAGUGCCUGGUACUUCUGACAGGGGAUUGCCCAUUCUACAGAAUGUGGGAUUGGAGGAUAUAUAUAUAGUGUGGUGGAUUGGGACAAAGCGUAAGAUCAAUCUAUCCUAGUCUUCCAGAGAUCAAGUGAUGACUUUUUUUUUUAACACUUUUUUUCCCUCCCCCCAUCAUAAAUGUCAUUCCCUCCACAUAACUCAAUUAUAACCUCAUUGGCCACGUCCACAAGUGGCAUGGACGUUUGGUUCCCCAGGGAGCCGCACGCUAGUUGCCCACUUGUACGGCCGCGCUUGUCUGGACUUGGCCAUUGUUUCUGCAGAUACAUAUAUGCACAGUAUGAAAGGUCGUUGCACAGUACAAUGUUUUAACUAUCCAUUGCAGAAAUAGUAAUUUUAUUCCUACUGCAAAACAAGGAUAGGUCUUUCUUAUAUGGCCUUUACAUCUAUGAUCAGGCAAGCAGACUAACUGCUUUCAUUACACGGUAUCUGUAGCCUUUUACAAUAGUUUGGGCUAGAUCUUCAGCUGCUGUAAAUAGGCAUAGCUCUGUUGACUUCCAACCGAGGAACUGGGGUGAAACCUAGGAGAUUUAGAUGCAUAAGUCCCAUUGACAUGAUUGGCACUGUGUGUCUUGGUCCACUGUACAGCUUUGUAAAGGUCAGCCUCGAUCUUUACUAGGGUGUUCUAUUGUUUAAGUGGAAGAUGUAUUUAUAUUCCUGUCCAUCAUAAACAUCCCUCUUUCUCCUUCUAAAGUGAAUGAGAAUAAAGGAUCCUUUAAUCUUCAUAUAGGCUAAUAAACUUCCUUUAAAAAAGUGAAACUCAGAUUGACAUUACACAGUGGCCAUAUACAAAGUAGUAAAGUGUUCACUGACAUAAAGCCAAGUCCACUGAAAAUCUUACUGGAAACUUUCCUGAAUUCUAUUAAUUUUUUUCCUACAGAUUCUAUAGAAAUCUGUUUGGAAAAAUCUGCUGAAAGGUUCCCUCAACAUUUCCAAUUGCCUCAAAAUAGUAUUUUUUUAAAGGCUGUAUUUAGUAACUUUAAAUAACUUUUAUGUCACCCAGACUUUUAGUGAGAACCAGGGAGUCAUUUAAUAUCAUAUUCUGCCAAUUGCAUUUUUAAAAUAUGCAUGCUUAUUCCUUUGCAGAUGAAACCAGCUGCAUGGAAUAAGCUUGUUUAUGGAGAUGUCUAGGGCAAAUCAACCACUGUAAAUUGGAAAAGCUCCAUUGAUUUCAGCAACAGUUUGGCCCUGCCAAUGAUGUGACCUUGCAGGUACACCAUGGGUGAAUCUGGCCCACUUACAAUGGCAGAAGUGAAUUAAUUAACCAGGCUGAUACUGAGACUGUUAUAAUGGGGUUUCUGAAUUUAAUACUCUAUUGAAAUCUAGACCUUUUACCAUUACGGUUUCACCCUGCCUGUGACUUCAGAAAGACCGCCCCAGUGAUUCAGAUACAGAAUGCUGCUUGCCUAACCAUGUUGAUGGAAAACUUUUUCUGUAAAAGAACCUUAAAUUCUGCUGAACAAACUGGGAAUAUUCAAUAUCCAUCAGGUGGCAAUAACAACUAGCUUCUGCCCUCGGCUCCUGUGCAGCUGGAUUGAUCAUUGAUAAAGCUGCAAGGGGUAAAAUAUGGCUCCAGGUAUGGAGAAAGCUUGGAAAUUUUCCUGUUUCUAGAUUUCCAGGGCCCACAGCUUUUCUGGCAAAAGUGCAGAUUAGUAAUCAGCAAAAUGCAUCCCUUCUGCUUCAUAGGAAACAAGCGUGUAGGACUCUAAUAGAUGUAUGUCGAACAGCUAUCAUGACCAUGAGGCAUCUCAAGUCAUUAAAAUAGUCAUACUUUUAAAAAUCUGGAAAUGAAAUAGCGGCAUUUUACCAGAAAGGAGACGCACAGUCUUCCUGUAUCUCUUAGAAGUUAGAUCUCAAAGGAUAUUUUCUAUCUAACUUGUUUGUUUCCUAUCAUUUAAAACUACCUUUGUACGUUUCUAAACUCAAGGAGCAUGGGGAUCUUUUGGCUGUCAGUUGGGAUUCAUACUCAAAGGAUAUUUGUUUUGCUGCAUGUACUAUUUGUCCAGAACUAACCAGUUACGUUUGUAAUGGAUAUGGGUUUCUUGUGCCUUACAACAAAGAUGAAUUCGAUACAGAAUGUGUGUGUUAAAGGAGGGAAUAACCAGGAGUCUUUACUGCACUGUUCAGCGAUGUACACCAUGCGUGUCAUCCAACAUUUCUGUGCUUACUUACCCAACCAAAGAGAUCUAAAGUGUGUAUGUUUGUUGUACUGUAAUAGGGGUUUGUGCCUGGACAAUUAAGUGUUUUAUUUGUAUUCUGAGAUGAUGUGAACUUAUUUUUCUAAACACUAUACUGAAUAAACUUUAUAUUUAUACACA